CUCAGUAAGAAAAACACUCUCUCUUUCUCUCACACACUACAGAUAACGAAUCUACGAAAACAGUCUCCCUACUUUCUGUCUCUGUGGAACCCAUCUGAAGAUCAGGAUGCUUUGCUGUAGAGUGUGUGUCCUGGCUGUGCUGUUAUCUCUCCUCAUCCUCACACUCAUCCCCUCCACACAAUCAGCAGAUUGCUGUCUGAAGUACACUCGGCGUCCAGUGCCAUGCCGACGGCUGAAGGACUACACUUACCAGACCAUUACCUCUUCCUGUGACAUCCAUGCUGUCGUCUUCCACACCCGGAGGGACAAGUUUGUGUGUGCCGACCCCUCUCAAGACUGGACCAAGAGGGUACAACGCUGUCUGCUCAAGCGUCAGGAGAGGAGAUCUAAACUGAAGAAAAUUCUCUGAUCUCAAGACCUCAUGACCUGGAGAUGAUGUGGAGAGGGUUUCAUGUCCCGGAGAUGAUGUGGAGAGGGUUUGGGUCUGGACAAAUGUACAGCUCUACCUUUCAUUAUAGAAUUAUUAUAGUAUAUAUAUAUGUGUGUGUGUGUGUGUGUGUGUGUGUGUGUGUGUGUGUGUGUGUGUGUGUGUGUGUGUGUGUGUGUGUGUGUGUGUGUGUGUGUGUGUGUGUGUGUGUGUGUGUGUGUGUGUGUGUGUGUGUGUGUGUGUGUGUGUGUGUGUGUGUGUGUGUGUGUUAUUUACCCUAUUUAUGCUUUACAAACAGCUAAAUAUCUCAAUAUGCAUAGAGUCACUGUUUCAGGAUGGUUAGUUUUAAAACCUGAGAUUUCUGUAUUCAUACAAAUCAUUUAAUAUCUGUGGUUAUUAUUGUCCAUCAUAUCUGUAUUGAUUCGGAAGGUGUUUGAGUUUCAUAUCAGUUUGUGUGUAACUCUAUGUAUCAAUGUUGUUGGUCUGUUUCAUAAACAGCAAGUGCAGUAUUCCUGAUAAACAUGAAAACAUCUGUUUUCACAAAUAUUUUGUGUUGUUUCAUAUCCUCUGUCCAAUUGGAGCCAGAGAAAACCUUUUUAAUUUUGGCUCUUCAAAGUGUCCAAAUGUAUGUAUAAGUUUUACAAAGGUGUAGUGAGUUGAUGUGAGCUAAGAGCUAUGAAAUAGAUAAUAAAAUAUGUAU